UGAGAGUAAAGCGAUCAUGGGUUCUUCUUCUAGAAAUCUUUAUGCAGGAAUUGGAGAAGGUCAAUCAACCUCGAGGCCACCGCUCUUUGAUGGCACUAACUACACAUAUUGGAAAGAGCGGAUGAGAAUUUAUAUCCGCUCAACCAACUUUCAGUUGUGGUUGGUCAUCAAGAAUGGCGAGGAAACUCCAAUGAAGAAGGUCGGUGAAAAAAUCGUCCCAAAGACCGAGGACGAAUUUGAUGCCGAAGACAUCAAAAAGGUGGAGAACUACGCCAAGGCUAUCAAUAUGCUGUACUGUGCCGUCAAUCCUGAUGAUUAUCGUAAGAUUUCUUGCUGCACCACUGCCAAAGAAAUGUGGGACAAGCUAGAGGUCACAUAUGAAGGUACGGACCAAGUUCGGGAAGCCAAAAUUGACUUCCUAACGCAGGAGUACGAAAUGUUCAGGAUGAAGGAAGGAGAAAAGAUCGAUGACAUGUUCGAUUGGUUUUCAAAAAUCAUCAACGACCUUCACGCUCUCAAGAAGACGUACACCAACAGGGAUCUCGGUAAGACAUAUAGCUCCCGUGUGAAGGUUGAGUUGUUCUUGAGCGUACUUAGUCCUUCAACCUCUGCCUCAUGGCGCACGAAGAUCAAACUGACGACGUUCAAGAGCGCCGGUUCCGUCACCGGACUUCUUCCGGAAGGUGCUGUCUUGGAUGAUCCAAAUCUUUGUCAUCUUCGUAUCCGGGCCGGCGAUGGAGAUGUCGGCGGAGAUGAUGAGGUCCAUGACGAGGAAGGCGUAUGGCAAGCUCCGCUCAGUGGCGAUGGAGGCGCAAUCCGCCAUGUGAAUCAUGACGUAUUUUGCCCAAUUGAUCGAGGCGCCGUGGGUGAUAGCAUGAACCGCCUUGAGAUCCUCGUUGAAGAGACAUGUGUGGCUACCGUCCCGGGGGCGAAGAAUCCGGGAAUUGGAGAAGGUCAAUCAACUUCUAGGCCACCGCUCUUUGAUGGCACCAACUACUCCUAUUGGAAGGAACGGAUGAGAAUCUAUAUCCGUUCAACCAACUUCCAAUUGUGGUUGGUAAUCAAGAAUGGCGAGGAAAUCCCUAUGAAGAAAGUGGGAGAAACCACUGUCCCUAAGACUGAGGACGAAUUUGAUGCCGAGGACAUCAAGAAGAUUGAGACUUAUGAAAAGGCCAUCAAUAUGCUAUAUUGUGCGGUCAACCCCGAUGACUACCGAAAGAUCUCCUGUUGCACAACCGCUAAGGAGAUGUGGGACAAGCUUGAAGUGACGUACGAAGGUACCGAUCAAGUGCGUAAAGCCAAGAUCGAUUUUCUCACCCAAGAAUAUGAAAUGUUCCGAAUGAAGGAAAGUGAGAAAAUCGACGACAUUUUUGAUCGUUUCUCAAAGAUUAUAAACGAUCUUCAUGCUCUUAAGAAGACAUAUACCAACAAGGAUCUCAUAAGGAAAAUCCUGCGAAGUCUCACCCCCGAAUGGAGAUCUAAAGCCGAUGCAAUCUAUAAAUCCAUUAGAGUCUCCAACGUCAACAUCGACGGGCUAAGAGGUAAUCUUAAAACCUAUGAAUCUACUAUUCUAACCCCGUCUUUGGAUGAACAAAAGAAAAAGGGGAUAGCUCUCAAAGCCACCAAGGAACCGGUGGAAGAGGUUUCUAGCGAUGACGACAACGAGUUUGGACUCGUCAUCAAGAAAUUUCACAAGUUCAUGAAGAAGGAAUUUGAGCGGAAGGGAAGAAAGCACGACGGUCUUCCCAAGUGCUACGGCUGUGGCGAGAUUGGCCACAUCAAGCCAAGGUGUCCAAAAGCCAAGCACGGCAAGGACAAGCCCGGCUUCAAGAAGCAAAGGGCUUACAUCUCUUGGGGUGGCGAUUCCAGCGACGAAUCAACCGACCAAAAGGAGGACGAAGUUGCAAAUCUUUGCCUCAUGGCGCAUGAAGAUCAAAACGACGACGUCCAAGAGGCAUCAAGUGUACUUUGGUACCUUGAUAGCGGAUGCUCCAAGCACAUGGCCAGGGAUGCAUCCAAGUUUCUCCAAAUUAAACCUGCUAAAGGAGGAAACGUAAUUUUUGGAGACAAUAGCAAUGGAAAGAUUAUCAGCAUUGGUUCAGUAGAUUCACUUGAAAGAAUACACGUUGAAGAUGAUGAGGAAGACACGCCAUUAUACACCAACUCGCAACCACAACCUGAGGAAACACCUCAAGUGAUGGUCGAAAAUGAGGAUCAAGCGGACGAAGAAGAACACGAGGAAGCCCAGGAACAAGAGGACACCGAGCUUCCCAUCUCUUGGAGAACGAACAAGAACCAUCCACCUGACCAGGUAAUCGGCAGCAUCAACCGCGGGGUAAGUACUCACAAGAGCAGGGCUGCCACCUCCGGGAAAUCAAAGUCCAAAUCCCGGGCUCCAGCGACGUCCUCCGAGGAAUGUCUCUACUAUGGCGAGGGAUCAUACCUCUGGUUCGAUUCCGAGGAGGAGCGCACCUGCUUUCUCACUUUCUUCUCCAAGCGGGUCGUGACUCCCCCACGGAUUGUCCUAGAGCACUUCUCGGAGUUGCAGGGCUACGACGAUCUAGACGCGCAGCUUCACCAAACCGGCCUAUGGCAGUUCGUCUCCCGGGCUCGGAAGGAGAUCAACCCGGCACUAAUUCGGGUCUUCUACUCCAACCUCCGGCGUGAGGACGACGUGCUCUACUCCCUUGUCAAGAGCACGUCGAUUGAGCUUUCCGUCGAGCAGCUUGGGCGCAUCGCCAGCCUCCCUAACCAAGGUGACGACUUCAUCCACCAUGCCUCGGGCCGCCCCACCAUCCACUCCACGAACCCCGAGAGCCGUUUACUCCUCUACAUCGUGUCCCGGAUCAUCAAGCCCCGGAAACACGGGCACACGAUCAUGUCCGGUGAGGACCUCAAGCUUCUACAUGCGAUCAUGCACACGACGCCAAUCAACUGGGCGAAGUUUGUCAUGAUCAACAUGACGGUCGCCGUGUCCACCGACCACGAUCACCUCCUCCCGUACCCGUUCUUGGUGAUGGACAUCCUCGAACGGUUCAAGGUCACCACCACCGUUGGCCCGCUCACGAAGGCCACGAAGCUUUGGACGAUCAGCGCCCAAACCUUCACAAAGCGGUCGGACAACGCCGCGCCUGCAACUGCCGCGCCACGCCGCACUGCCACUAGCCCAGCCGAACCCCAGGCCCAGGCAAACCUAGCUUCCAUCGCCGACUCCCUCAACCGGCUACACUUCAAAGUCGACGGGAUGGACGGGUACCUUGAGCGGCUCGAAGAGGCUGUUCAACGCCAAGGGCACGCCCUGAACGCGUACUUCCAACGCGUCAACUACGUCCCCCCACCGUACCAAGGCACAUUCCUUGGGCAAGUGUACGGUGACGAGGACGAAGAGGAUGGCUUCUACACCCCGUCAAGCUCCCUGGACGAGGAUGAGUUCGAUGACGCCGUUGACGGUGAUGAGAUGGACGUCGACGAUGAGGAGGAAACCGAAGACGAAGACUAGGCCGCACCUAGAAUUUCUAUCUCUUCUUCUUUCAAUUAUCUAGUUUUUUAUUAUUGCUUCCGUUGUACUCCGUUAUUUCCCAUUUCAAUCAAUAAAAGUUAUCUUUUAUCUUUUUGUUAAUGUCAAAAGGGGGAAGAAAAGGGCUAUGCAUAU